CCUACCUGAAAAUCCUGGCUCCGCCAUUGUCUGCCCCGUGUCCACGUGGUGUUUGUGUUGUUGUUGGGAUUAUUCCCGUAGCACUAAGAAGCGUCGCUCCAUCGGAUUCCUCCUCCUGCAGUAAUGACCGCCGAUUCUGAGAAAGAGUGAAACACCGGCGAGGCUUAACCUGGCUUCACGAGCAGAGUUAACAACACCAACAACUCCGUAAUGGAGGCUUUUCCUGGUCUAGGUCGCGUUAAUAAGCGCCGUUAAAACCCCUCCACCACCCGACGCAGUCAAUCAGUAAGGUUGUGUGUCACGUGAACGGAACGUGGUAACUAAGUACAGCACUAGCCGGUGCUGUGGAGAGUAAACCCGCUGCAGAAUUUUACAAUCCGCGUGCUCUCCCAACAGCACCGGGGGUGCUGAACUAGUCACGGAUUGGCCAACGUUUUACUCACGUGACGCAAACCUUGACCAAUUGGCCGUGUCACGUGGUGGUGGUGGUUGUGGAUGGCGGGUUUAACGUGUACGCGUUAAUAUCAGCGCGUUACAACCCACCAAAACCCUCCGUCGUGGAUAAUAUCGGCAGCGAACGCCUCCAGCUACUGCCUCAAGCCUCCAGCUACCGCCUCACAAGCCUCCAGCUACUGCCUCAAGCCUCCAGCUACUGCCUCAAGCCUCCAGCUACUGCCUCAAGCCUCCAGCUACUGCCUAGCAAGCCUCCAGCUACUGCCUCACAAGCCUCUAGCUACUGCCUAGCAAGCCUCCAGCUACUGCCUAGCAAGCCUCCAGCUACUGCCUCAAGCCUCCAGCUACCGCCUCAAGCCUCCAGCUACUGCCUCAAGCCUCCAGCUACUGCCUCAAGCCUCCAGCUACCGCCUCACAAGCCUCCAGCUACUGCCUCAAGCCUCCAGCUACUGCCUCACAAGCCUCCAGCUACCGCCUCACAAGCCUCCAGCUACUGCCUAGCAAGCCUCCAGCUACUGCCUCAAGCCUCCAGCUACUGCCUCAAGCCUCCAGCUACUGCCUCAAGCCACCAGCUACUGCCUCAAGCCUCCAGCUACUGCCGCAUGUUCAACUGGACGACACCAAGCGAGAGGACGUCGAUCUAACUUGCCUUGGGGGCAUUCAUCUCCGCCGGGUGCUCUGAGAGCAUUGAGCCACUGGCGGGUCAGUCGCUCCUACGGCAGACGGAAUACACCUACUCCCAAGACUGCAGCUUCGUCUGAGUUAACACUGGAACUUCAUCUGAUUCAUCACAGAAGCUUCAUCUGAUUCAUCACAGAAGCUUAAUCUGAUUCAUCACAGAAGCUUCAUCUGAUUCAUCACAGAAGCUUCAUCUGAUUCAUCACAGAAGCUUCAUCUGAUCCAUCACAAGUUUAUUCUAAUUAAUCACAGGAGUUCCAUCUGAUUCAUCACAGAAGCUUCAUCUGAUCCAUCACAGGAGUUUAUUCUAAUUAAUCACAGGAGUUCCAUCUGAUCCAUCACAGAAGCUUCAUCUGAUCCAUCACAGGAUCUUCAUUUGCCCCAGAGGCAUUAAGGGGGCAUUAGCUGCCCUGGGGGCAAAAUUAAAUGAGGGGAAAGAUGGAUGACGAGGCUCCACCCUCAACAUCGUCGACAUCGUCACCAUCACUCUCAACAUCAUCGACAUCGUCACUAUCAACAUCAUCGACAUCGUCACCAUCACUAUCAACAUCAUCGACAUCAUCACCAUCACCCUCAACAUCGUCACCAUCACUCUCAACGUCGUGUCUGUGCACGCUGACAUCGUUACCAUCCUCACUGAUGCCAUCGCCAGCAGCCUCAUUCUCACCUGCAGUGUCACAGCCAUCACCGCCGCCUCCACCAUCGCCAUCGUCAGUUUUCACAUUACCAUUCGCAUCGCACUCAUCACCAGUGCCACCAUCGCCGCAACUGGCAUCACCACGGCUCCCAUCAACACCGUCAGCUGAACCGCCACCAUCACCAUUGUCACCAUUGCCACGACCACCACCAUCGUCACCACCGCUACCAUCGUCGCCAUCGUUAUCGUCAACUCAACCGCCGCAACAGACGUCACAAUCACCGCCUCAACCAUUCCCAUCACGACCACCUUCGGCACCGCCGCCGCCGCCGCCGCCUCCUCCCUAUUCAUUUGAGUCGUCAACAGCGGCGGCGCCGUCGCGUCUCCCGCAGCUCUUCCUCCCGACGCAACUUCAGCCGCUCGGACCCCUGCCGCCGCCGCCGUCGCCGCCGCCGUCCCGGCGGCCUUCGACGUCCUCGCCGCCGCGUGGCCGGCACCGGGCGGCGCUGCGAGCUCGCCACGCCGCGCUCGCCAUGGGGCUGCUGUGCGCCUGCGCGGGCGCCUUCCUGCUGGCGGCCGGGGGGUCCGGGGGACGAGCCCCUGGCGACAGCGCCCCCGGGGCGGGCGCGUGCGCCGUCGCCUGCGUCGCCUGCGCCCCAUUGGCAGGCGCGUGCGUUGUCGCCUGCGUCGCCUGCGCCCCAUUGGCAGACGCGUGUGUUGUCGCCGGCGUCGCCUGCGCCCCAUUGGCAGACGCGUGCGUUGUCGCCGGCAUCGCCUGCGCCCCAUUGGCAGGCGCGUGUGUUGUCGCCUGCGUUGCCUGCGCCCCAUUGGCAGACGCGUGCGUUGUCGCCGGCAUCGCCUGCGCCCCAUUGGCAGGCGCGUGUGUUGUCGCCUGCGUUGCCUGUGCCCCCGGGGCGGACGCGUGCGCCGUUACCUGUGCCCCGGGGGCAGACGCGUGCGCUGUUAUAAUUGCCCCCGGGGCAGAUACCUGUACGACCUGCGGGACCGCCUGCAACCCCCGAAGUGCUCCCUGCGCCCCCCUCUGCGGGCCCUCGUCUGCCCCGCACAGCACGGACCCCUGCCGUGCCCUCUGGGUCACCUGCGGGACCCCCGGCGGGACCCCCUGCGGUGGUGCCCUGGGCCCCCCGGCCCCCCGCGAGGGGCUGGGCGCCUUGGCCUACGGUCUCACCUGUGUGGGCCUGGGCCUGGUGCUCAUGGCGGCCCUGUCCCUGCGAUGUGGGGCCCCGCAGACUCCAUCCACCUGGUCCUCCUCCUCGCGCAGACGCCCCGACUUCCCUCCCCCAUACCAGGCCUCUCCCUGGGCCCGGCCCGACCUCCCCGUGCCCUACGACCUCCCGCCACCAGGCGAGCCCGAGGCUCAGGCCUGGGGUGAGGAGAACAGGGUCUACGAGCAGGGAGAAGAGUCGACACCUCCUCCUCCCUACAGCGAGACGCCUUCAGCGACAGCUCCCCUACGCGGUUACCCGCACGUUACCCCACCACACGCGGUGACUUGCCGAUUGGCGGUGUAGUAUGCAGGGUGGCCCAAAAGUCAGGACACACAGGGGUUGUUGUUAUACAGGGUGGCCCAAAAGUCAGGACACA